UGCACAUAAAUUGAACUUCAUAGCCGGAAGUGCCGUGCACGAGGGAGGGCGCAUAAAGUUUGAUCGUCCCCAUUGUCUCCAUAGUUUGUCUCGUCUCUGGUAGCAGCAGCAGGGAGGAGGCAAUGCAGAUCCACACCCGCAUUCUCGUCGUAGCAAUUGGCUUGCUCGUUGCAGCCGGUGUUUCAAGCGCCGCCGACUCUACUACUUCCACAACUCGUGUCUACAACUUCACUAUCCGGUCGACAAACGUGAGGCGACUUUGCAACUCGAAGUCUCUUGUCGCUGUGAACGGAAGGUACCCCGGUCCGGUCAUCUUUGCAAACCAAGGUGACCGUCUUCUCAUCAAUGUUACCAACAAUGGACCGUAUAACAUCACGAUGCACUGGCACGGCAUCCGGCAGCUCUUCUCCUGCUGGGCCGAUGGACCUGCCUAUGUCACCCAGUGCCCGAUCCAACCUGGGGGAUCAUACCUCUACAACUACACCAUUGUCAGGCAGAGCGGAACUCUCUUCUAUCAUGCUCACGAGACUUGGCUGCGAGCGACUGUCCACGGAGCCAUGGUCGUCUUUCCAACUUCUGGAGAGCCUUAUCCCUUUGUCUUCCCCAAGGAAGAGCACAUCAUAAUUCUGGGCGAAUGGUGGAAUGCUAAUGUCGAGGACGUCGAGACCCAAGCGCUGCUAACCGGCGGAGGCCCUGCUCUUUCGGAUGCUUACACCAUCAAUGGAUUGCCCGGCCCUCUCUACAACUGUUCCGCUAAUGACGUGUACAAGCUCCGGGUCCAACCAAACAAAGUCUACCUUCUUCGGAUCAUCAACGCAGCACUUAAUAUUGAGCUCUUCUUCUCGGUCGCUAACCAUAACAUCACGGUGGUGGAGACGGACGGAGACUACACCAAGCCUUAUAGCACCACUUCCAUCAUGAUAACUCCUGGCCAGACGACGAACGUUCUUCUCACCACUGAUCAGCCUGUUGGACGCUACUACAUGGGUGCCAGUCCCUACAUGUCGGCGAUGAACGUUCCUUUUCGCAUGACUCCCACACUGGCAAUCCUCGAGUACGCUGGCUCCAAUGCUUCCUCUACACCGGUGAUGCCAAACUUCCCACAAAGUAACGACACUGCGUUCGUGACAACGUUUUCCACCAGCCUGCGAAGCCUUGCCAACGCUCAGCACCCGGAGCCCGUUCCACAGACGAUAACUUCCAACUUUUUCCUCACGGUCGGACUCGGGGCGAAACCGUGCGACGCCAACUUUGGCUGCCAGGGACCGAAUGGAAGCAAGUUCACGGCUUCCGUGAGUAACAUAUCGUUUGUUCUUCCAUCUGUCUCCGUGCUCCAGGCCUAUUUCUUCAACAUUUCCAACGUCUUCUCCCCGGACUUCCCAGCCCAGCCUCUGAACGUGUUCGACUACACCGGAAAUCCUCCAAGUAAUAUCACCCCGCUCCGAGGAACCAGAGCUGCUGUCAUCCCUUUCAAUGCCAGCGUCCAGAUGGUGCUCCAGGACACCAGUAUACUUGGGGUUGAGAACCACCCGAUCCAUCUCCAUGGAUUUAGCUUCUACAUUGUUGGCCAAGGAUUUGGAAACUUCAAUAACUCCGCAGCGGCAGCUUUCAAUCUCGUGGACCCUCCUCGAAGAAACACAGUUGCUGUACCCGUUGGUGGCUGGGCUGCUAUAAGAUUCUGGGCCGAUAAUCCAGGAGUCUGGUAUAUGCAUUGCCAUCUGGAAAUCCACACGUCAUGGGGACUAGCAACCACUUUCAUCGUCCAGAAUGGACCCGGUAACCAGACGCUUCCACCACCUCCUCCCGAUCUACCACAAUGUUAGACAAGAAAAAUUCGUUUGUGUUUACCUUAAUUGUUUUAGAGCUCGUGCAUAAGCUGAAGUCCCAUUGAAUGUGUCGGAUACUGCUCGGAGGACCUACCCGUCAUAAAGGAGCCAGAGCUUCCAGCCGAUCCAGCCGAUCUACCAAGAUUUUAGACAAGAAAAUUUGGUUUGUGUUUACCUGAUUGUUUUAAAGCUCGUGUCCUGAAGCACUAUUGAGUGUGUCGGAUACUGCUCGGAGGACCAACCUGUAAUAAAAGAGUCAGAGCCACAUAGACAAAGACA